AUGAAGGAUGCUUUCAACUUUUAUCUAUCGUCAUGUCGGAUCUACAUCGAAUGUGCCUUUGGAGAGUUGGUGAUGAGGUGGGGGAUUCUAUGGAGGACCCUUCACUUUCGCCUCAAAAAGUGCAUGGAGAUUAUCAGAGUGUGUAUGCUUCUGCACAACUUUAUACUAGAUCAUCAGGAAGAGUCCGAGCGGUAUAACAUGUCCGAAGUUCAGAAUUUCGACAUUGAAAUGGACCAACUGCAGCAAAACAUCACACAAGCAACAGGAGAAAUACCUCUGCCCACAGUCAGUGACAACAAUGAGCCAAAACCCUCUGGCCGGCGAACAAAGGAGGAGGUGAAUGAAAAAGCACUCGGCGAGAAUAUUCGUUUCAACUUGGCUUACAAGCUGGCGUCUGCUGGUUUGAGUCGGCCAAUGGUAACUGGCAUGCAUACCAACAAGCAUGGUCACGUCUAUAUGACGGAGUAG